AGUUUACUCUUUCGCACAGCCAGAUCAGUUAUCAUUUUGCAGUCGUAGCGAACGGAGCGUGGUUCUGCGAUGGCGAUAGUGCGAUUGAUGUUGUUAGUGCUUUCCAUCGCGUGGGUUUUUCCCCGAGAUUGUGCAGGUCAAAGGUAUGCAAUUCUUGCUCCACGUACGGUACGAGCUUACAAUACCUACGACUUGGUAGUGACAAAUUUAGCAGCUGAAGAGCAAGAGUUUCUGUGUGAAAUUGUUGACACAAAUGAGACGGUAGUCGGCCGGUCCUCGGCCACGGUCAAUCCGAAUCAGCUAAGCACGGUACAGAUUCAACUCGAAGGUUUGGAGCAACAAAGCUAUAAGCUGAAAGUUUGGAAACAACAGAAUAAAGUGUUGCUCAAUGUAACCGAGCUCGAAUCCAUCGAUAGAAGCUAUUUGGUGCUGUUCCAGACUGAUAAGCCUGCAUACAAACCGGGAGAUAAAGUGCAGUUCCGCGUAAUAUUUCUAUUCCCAAAUGCAUACCCGGUUACGGACACUGCCCGGCCAAGCAUUAGCAUAACUGACCCGGACAAGAUUCGCAUGAAGCAGUGGAUCAAUGCGUCACUAACGAGCGGAGUGUUCGAGGGUAGCUUUCAGUUGGCGGAGUACACCCUGCAUGGGAUGUGGACGAUCAGUGCCUCAUUGAAUCAGCAGCAAUACAAAGCAUCUUUCAGCGUAAAGGAGUACACCCUGCCGCUGUUCAAAAUACAGGUAGAACCUGUACCGAAUCCCUACUUCCGUUGCGAUGACACAAAAAUGUCUCUGAAAAUAAGUGCUUCCUAUGUGCACGGUGGCCUGGUACGGGGCAACGCCACGGUAGUGGUGCGGGCCAAUUACAACAAUUAUCCUUCGCAAACAAAGGAGGUGCAACGCAAGAAAGUUCCCAUAGUUGGAACGAAGACCGUGGACUUUCCAAUGAAUAUCGUUGCCGAGAAUUGUUACGAAGAGCGAAACGUUUGGUUCGAUGUGACGGUUACUGAGAGUUCUACAGGGGUGAGCUACAACACCACCAGCGCAUUUACCGUACACAAUAAUGGAAAUGUUACUAUGGAGGCAAUAGAUGGGAACGAUGCCUUCUUUCCGGGUCAGGCGAUGUGGAUCAAAGUCAAAGUUUCAACCCUCGAUGAGAAGCCGCUAACAAAAGCAAGUGUCACCAUCGUUUACAUUGUGCAGGACGCAGAUAGCAGCAAUGCAGCGAUCCCCAAAAUCCUUACGCUGUUGACCAACUCAAACGGAAUCAUACAGUUUUCAAUCAACACAACCUUGAACACGGUUGAAGUGAACGUGGAUGGUAGCUACAAUAAUCACAACUACUCAUUAGUCUCCGCUUAUCCGAUGUACGAAGAUAGCGCCGUCGAAUACGUUGUCCUCAAUACACAUCAGGCAUACUAUGUCUACCGUAAGAACAUCACUGUUAAUCUAUAUUCCAAUGUAAAAUUUAAAAGAGUUUACUACAUUGGCUACUGUUCUGGCAGAGUGUGUGAAAGUGGAGUUCAGGAAGUUUCCUCCCCGGUCAAUAAUUACCAGUUUAUACUGAAGGCAACCCCAGCAAUCAAGCCACAGAUGAAACUUUUGGCUUUUAUCGUCAAAGAGGAUGGCAAAAUUUUAAGUUCUUCAAUCAUUAUACAAAUUCUGCCAACCAGUAAAACGGCUCUCAAUAUUACGUCCACUUUAAUGGAACCAAUGAGCGAUAAAUGUACGAUCAACAUUUUGGCAGAGCCCGAUGCUUUUGUUGGUUUGUUGGGAGUUGAUGAGCGUGUUGUGCAAAGUUCGACCAUAAACAAUGACAUUUCACAAUACAAGCUAGAUGAAGCAAUGCGUGCCCAAGAUGACGUUUCGAAUGCUAUGUGGUCUCCGUAUGAUGUUUUUGGAAGUGUUGGAGUAACGUUGCUAACGGAUGGAUAUCUUCCAGAUGUUGGGUUCAUUCCACAUGCAUUCGGUGGGUUUGAGAGAGCUGAUAAAACUCCAAACCACGACUAUAGCUCACGAGAAGACUUUCCGGAAACAUGGAUCUGGGAAUCGUUGAAAGUGCCGAACCAAAAGAUCUCGAUCGAGAAAACGCUUCCGGAUACUAUUACUACCUGGGUAGUGAACGGUUUUGCGGUCGGCAAAGUUUAUGGUUUGCAAAUUUUAAAGACACCGCUGACAGUAAAAUCGACGAAACGGAUCUUUGCACAGCUCUACAUGCCACCAUCAAUGAAACGUUUGGAGGAAGUUACGGUUCAUUGUCUCGUCCAUAACUAUGGUGAAGCAACAAAUGUGUCGUUAGUGGUGCCUUCCUGGUUGCAACCCACCUCUCUGAUUCUUGCGGAAGGUGCCACUAAAACCGUUCCCAUCAAACUGAUAUCUGACAGAGUGGGCAAACUAACUGUGGAAGUCAUCGUAAGCAGAACAAAUGGAAGUGUGAUUGAUGCGUUAAAACAAACGAUUUCAGUUCGACCCGAAGGUUUAAUGAAAACUGUGCAAGAUGUGCGUAUUUUGGAUUUCCGAAAACAGAGCACGUUGAAGUUUAAUUUGACUCUGCCGGCAAUUGAAAACGAUAGUACUAUAAGCAAUGGAAAGGUUACUCUCUCGGUCAUCGGAACGUUUCUUAAUCUGGAUUCGUUCGAUUUGGAGCGGAUGGUUCAAUCCUACCAUGGUAAUGGAGAGGAAAGUUUACUCUUCCUGCAAAGUGCAAUGGCUGUCUACGAUUACUUCCAGAAGACAAAGGAUCUGCAACCAAUAAUUAGGGACAAACUUCUCUCCUACAUGGAGGUGGGUUACCAGCAACUGUUGCGAUACCGUUUGGAUGACUUUUCGUACAGUCUGUUUGGAAACUUACGCAUGUGUGGUGGCGUCUGGUUUACAGCCAGCACAGUAGAAUCGCUGCAGAAGCUAUCCAAGUACUAUCCCGUGGAAAAGUCUCUCCUUACUGAAAGUUUGGAUUGGCUCAUGUCACAGAGUGCCGAGGAUGGAAGCUUCAACGAAAGUUGCACGAACGUUCACCCACACAUUCAGCGAACGGGAGGAAAGGAACUUUCGCUUGCAAGUAGCGUUUUAUUUGCUUUCGUUGAGAGUGAAAGGGCAGAACACUAUUUGCAGGUCGUUAACAAAACAGUCUCGCUGUUACUGAAUUCUACUAUCGAAGAUGUCUACUUGAUGGCGAAAACGGCCUAUUUACUUACUCUUUUCAAUCAUCCAGCCAGCACAACAAUGCUACAAACACUAAACAAGAAGGCAGUGUCGGAUGGGAAGUAUCGCUACUGGGAAGUUGUGAACCGCGAGCCAACGGCGACGGCACACAUUAGAGAUCAAGAAACGACUGCCUAUGCACUGAUGGCAAACAUCAAACAGAACACUAUCAACCAACUGGAUAUGAUUCGAGUAGCCCAAUGGCUCCAAAAGCACAGCUUCGCUGGUGAUCACUACGUACCUUCACUAGAAAGGAUUAUCGCUUUGGAAGCGCUUGGCAUGGUGGCGUCUCGUAUCAACAUCACCGUACCACAUAUGCACAUACAGGCGGGGAAUUUAACCUUCCAAGUUAACUCGACGAAUCAGCGACUGUUGCAAAAUAGUAUCCUUCCGAAGAAUACCCGCAGCGUCAGCAUGUCAGCAGUAGGAAGUGGGAUGGUUUUAGUAAAGCUUUCCUACCGAUACAGUCUGACCAAAGCCCGUGGCAGCAAUGGGAAAUCUUCAAAUCCCAUCACAACCCGUUAUCCCAUUAGCGUGAAUAGCACGAGGAAAGCAAUGGAAAACAAUAAACUCGAAUUGCACCUGUGCUUCGUUAGGUGCCAGCCGUUGUAUGUUUACGAUUCGGGUCUUUGGAAAGCGGCCAUAGACCUCCCUACAGGAUAUGAAAUAGAUGAACAGCCGAAGCAUUACGGUAAUGCCACCGAGAGUGUAAUUCUGCUGGAGAAUAAGUCUCAUGUGGCACUCGUCUGGGACUGUCGGCAUCUGUUGGAUGUUUGCUACACAAUUACAAUGUACGCCCGUUUUGCGUUAAAAACCAUUCCACAGGGAUCAAUUUUCCUCUCCUCAUUUGAUACGAAAGAUGUAGUUGAUGUUUAUUCAUUCUGA